UGAUUAUGUCACUCUGUUUAUGUCUCGUUCUGACCAAUGCUCAGCCAAGGCAAGGCGCUGCUCGCCUCCACAAGCAUGCAGCCUGCACGGCGCGAUGGAGCGGACCAGAGGAGGAGGAGGAAGCCACCACCAGCAGCAGCAGCAGCAGCAGCGUGACGCCGCGAGGAGGACAUGACAGCGUGAGUGAAGUGGACAUGGCGAGCAACCAUGGAGCUGGAGGAAGACACGCCCCCUGCUUCCCUAUUUGUUGGUUUGGUGUGGAGUGCAGCCUGCCAUGCAGGAUGCAGAACCCCUGCUGGGCCUAGGCGCGGGGACGAGAGCUUCAUCUCUAAGAGAGAAGAGAUCAUCUCAGGUUCAGCGUGAGCAGGAGGCGUCGCCAACCAGGAGCAGAUGCCAUGGACGUGCUUAACUUCACUUACUGGAACGCCUCGGAAGGCAAUGACACCGACGCGGCGGACGAGGGCGAGAGCGCCUACAAGACGGUGGAGGUGGUGUUCAUCGUGCUGGUGGCCGGCUCCCUCAGUCUGGUCACCGUCAUUGGAAACAUCCUGGUCAUGCUCUCCAUCAAAGUCAACAGGAACUUGCAGACCGUCAACAACUAUUUCCUCUUCAGCCUGGCGUGCGCUGACCUCAUUAUUGGACUGUGCUCCAUGAACUUGUACACGGUCUACAUCGUCAUGGGGUACUGGCCUCUGGGCCCGGUGGUUUGCGACCUGUGGCUGGCGCUGGACUACGUAGUCAGCAACGCCUCUGUCAUGAAUCUUCUUAUCAUAAGCUUUGACAGAUACUUCUGCGUCACCAAGCCCCUCAGCUACCCUGUCAAAAGAACCACCAAGAUGGCAGGGAUGAUGAUCGCCGCCGCCUGGGUGUUGUCUUUCAUCCUGUGGGCGCCCGCCAUCCUUUUCUGGCAGUUUAUUGUGGGUGGGCGGACAGUGCCUGAGAAGGAGUGUUACAUUCAGUUCUUCUCAAAUGCCGCUGUCACUUUUGGCACAGCCAUUGCCGCCUUUUACUUGCCCGUCAUCAUCAUGAUUCAGCUCUACUGGCAGAUCUCCAGGGCGAGCAAAAGCCGGGUGAAGAAGGAUAACCGAAAGCCGUCGGGAGGCAACGCCGAGCCUCUGUCGCCCGCCCAGCGGAGGAACAACAAACCCAACAAUAACAACAUACCUGGCGAGAGCGUGGGGUGUUCUCAGAGCCAGAAUGCGGACGAUGGCGCAAGCCAACAUGACGAAAGGAUGCAGAACGGCAAAGCACCUUCUUCAAACACGAACGAGGGCGAAACCGAGGGUGACGAUGUGGCGAAGGACGUCUGCGCUCCUGGAGAAGAGAAGGAGAGCUCCAACGACUCCACCUCGGGCAGCGUGGCCGCAUCUAACCUGAAGGACGAGGAGGCGGUGCCUUCCGCGGCCAACUCCUGCGCAGACACCAGCCAGUCUCUUCCCCGCCAGCGGGCCAAGGCAGGCGUCUCCAAGCUGACCUGCAUCAAAAUUAAAGCAAAAUCCCCCAAAGGUGACUGCUACACGCCCUCCAACACCACCGUAGAAAUAGUCCCCGCCUCCGACAGGCAGAACCACGUGGCCCGCAAGAUCGUGAAGAUGACCAAGCAGCCGCCCAACAAAAAGAAGAAAGCGCCGCCAUCGCGGGAGAAGAAGGUGACGCGCACCAUCAUGGCCAUCCUGGUGGCUUUCGUGGCCACCUGGACGCCUUACAACGUGAUGGUGCUCAUUAACACCUUCUGCUCCAGCUGCAUCCCCAACACGGUGUGGACGCUGGGGUACUGGCUAUGCUAUAUCAACAGCACAAUCAACCCCGCCUGCUAUGCCCUGUGCAACGUCACCUUCAAAAAGACGUUCAAGCACCUCCUGCUCUGCCAGUACAAGAGCAGUCGGUCCGCCAGGUAGAGAUGCUGGCAUGGAGAGAGUGCCAUGUGUGGAUGUUUGUGACCAUUUUUUCAUUCAUGUCGGUGCACUUUACACAAAUUAGCUGUAUUGUUCACAAAGGGACUUACUCCUUCAAGAGGAAGUGCAACAUGUUGUUCACUCUGGGGCAAUAGGGCUGCCUGAAUUUACUAACUUUUAACAUCUUUUAAAUUCAGUGACAAAACUUGUAGAUAAGUGUAAAAACUACAUCCCUAUUUGUGUUCAUACUUCAUCGCUGCACAUCCCUGGCAUGCAUUAAAAUUGGAUCGAAUACCUUUUUAUUAAAUUCCAGUGGCUGCAAUGUGCAAUCUCGCCACUGUGAGCCACUAAAUCUUCUGGACUUGUGAAUCUUAAAGGUCCCCUAAUAGUAACAUUGUAAUGAUAUUUUAACAGUACUAUGUCUCCCGAGAGCCUGUUUUUGAUGGAAAAACCUCAUGGUACUGCUUCCGCCUGCACCAUUUAUACACACACACACACCACUUUGCUUUACAUCUUAAAAUAAAGCCACACUUGGGAGAUGAAUCAUUUUGUUGUUGCAGAAAAUAAGUUAACCUAGCAUGGUGUUAAAAUGUGAAUGUAAUGUUAGCACCGUAGGAAACAUUUCUACAGUAUGGCCACAUUCCAGGGUGGAUCUCGUGUGAGAGGAAGCGGGUGCGGGGGGGGUAAAUCAUUUUGUGGUGCAGUCUGCUGAAAAUGAUGAAACAGGCCACUCUAAAUAGCCAGCGCCAGUCAAAGUUGGAAUUGCCACCGAACACUUUAUAAGAUAUUCAACACUCUACUGCCAUCUGGCGGGUAAAGUGCAUAAUGCACACCCCCAAUUCGUCAUGUUCAAUGUGUCAGGUAAACCACGACGAAUGGGGCCAUAUGAAUCCCCAUUCUACUGUAAUAUACCUAAGAGUUAUGUUCUAAUGAGCACUAAUCAUGAAAAAAUAUACCAUCUCUCACACUUGUUUGCUCCACUUUUGAAAGAAAUAGUCAGUCUCUAAAGGUGUCAUAUUACGUUCUUGCCUGUUGGCACCUGUUUUUUUUUUAAUUUGGGAUCCCUACAAGUGCCAAAAAUGUGAAUUAAAACCAUUGAGGUUGAGGAGAUUUUGCUGUGUUCCAAACAAGCUGUGGCGGAUAUCUCCAUCCAUGGUAUAGGGUUUUCCAGUAGACGUCUGCGCAAGUCUGACGUAUUUAUUUUCCCUAAUGAUAGUUGUUGUCCAAACAAAAAUACAUCCACAGUGCGAUCCGAGGACUGAAAAUGCUCUGUUAUUGGUUGUGUUAACCAACACAGAUCACUCCACAAACUUUCAGGUUGCACAAACUUUUCCUGAGGGAACUCUCCUGAAGGAAUCAAUAAAGUACUAUCUAUCUAUCUAUCUAUCUUGCAUCCUAGUCUGAAAAAGUGAAAAGUGCUUGGCUAACUUUUGUGUUUCGUCACGGCUACCUUGAGCGGGCAAGGCGAGGAGGUCUUUAAAGGGGAACAUUAUCACAAUUUCAGAAGGGUUAAAACCAUUAAAAAUCAGUUCCCAGUGGCUUAUUUUAUUUUUCGAAGUUUUUUUCA